AAAUGGGAUUUAUACAUCUCUCCAGGUAUAGUCACCUCACUAUUUGUAUGACUUGCCAGCAUUUGAACUCAGUCAGAAAACAGUCAAAGGAAUACCAGUAUUUUAGAGUUAUUGUACACUUGAUAAAGAUCUCUUGGACAGAUUUCUCUAGGACCCAGAGAGACUGCGAGUGUUGACAAAAAACAAAACAAAACAAAAAAAAAAUCAGUACCUGAGUGAAUUUCCCCACCUUCUUAUGAUUGUGUACCUGUUUUCCUUAUAAGGAAAAUAAGGAAGUAAGAUAAAGAACAGUGUUAAGUUCCAUAACCAUGUUGAAGUUGCUUUUAUGCACAGCUCGUCGUCUUUACCUAUUCAGGUAGCUUUUGUUUUCUUUGUAUUAAUGUUCUGCCCUGGUAGUUUGGAAGUUUCUCUUCAAACCAGUCCAGAACUGAAAACGAAUGGGGAUUGUAUUGCUUUUCCUGUUCUUUCUGUUUCUGCAAAGAAAUAACAAUGUACAAGGAAAUUGUUUUCCAGGGAGUGCAGUGACUUGUGAAGAUUGUUUGUUUUCUGGACAACAGUGUGCUUGGUGUUCUCAAGAGAAUUAUACUGACUCAUCUGGAAUUCAUGGAAGGUGUGAUACUCCAGCAAAUCUUUGGUCAAAAGGAUGUCAGUCGAACUUUAUUGAAUUUCCCAUUUCUAAAGUAGAAAUUCACAAAAAUAAACCCCUUAGCAUAGGAAUCCAGAAGAAUAACUCUGAUGUCACACAGAUUUCCCCUCAAAAGUUAACUUUUAGACUGCGACCAGGAAAUGAAGAAACUAUAGAGAUCAAAGUUCGCCAGUCUGAAGAUUAUCCAGUUGAUCUCUAUUACCUCAUGGACCUUUCCGCUUCCAUGGAUGAUGAUUUGAAUACAAUAAAGGAAUUAGGCUCAACUCUUUCCAAAGAAAUGUCAAAACUAACCAGCAACUUUAGACUGGGCUUUGGGUCUUUUGUUGAAAAACCAGUUUCACCAUUCAUCAAAACUACAGCUGAAGAAAUAAACAACCCUUGCAGCAGUGUUCCACGUAAUUGCUUGCCCACCUUUGGAUACAAACAUGUUUUGCCAUUAACAAAUGAUGCUGAAAGAUUCAAUGAAAUUGUGAAAGAACAGAAAAUCUCAGCUAAUAUAGACACUCCAGAGGGAGGAUUUGAUGCAAUUAUGCAGGCAGCUGUUUGCAAGGAAAAGAUUGGGUGGAGAAAUGACUCUCUACAUCUGCUGGUGUUUGUGAGUGAUGCUGAUUCUCAUUUUGGGAUGGACAGUAAACUGGCAGGGAUUGUUAUUCCAAAUGAUGGACAUUGUCACUUGGACCACAAUAAUGAAUAUUCCAUGUCAACAGUUUUGGAGUAUCCAACAAUUGGACAACUAACAGACAAGCUUGUGCAAAAUAACGUUUUACUAAUUUUUGCUGUAACAAAGGAACAAGUUUACUUAUAUGAGAAUUAUGCCAAACUUAUUCCUGGAGCUACUGUUGGACAACUUCAGAAAGAUUCUGGAAAUAUUCUCCAAUUGAUCAUUGAUGCAUAUAAGGAGCUGCGAUCUGAAGUGGAGCUGGAGGUGUUAGGAGACACAGAAGGACUCAAUCUCUCUUUCAUGGCAAUCUGUAACAAUGGUACUAUUUUUCCGCACCAGAGGAAAUGUUCCCAUAUAAAAGUGGGAGACACAGUCUCUUUCAACAUGACAGUAAGCCUACCUUCCUGUGAGAAAAGGUGGAGGCAGAUUGUAAUAAAGCCUGUCGGCCUGAGUGAUGCCCUGGAAAUUGAUAUUCAGCUGGAAUGCAGCUGCAACUGUCAGAAAGAGGCUGAGAUGAACAGUUCCAAAUGCAGCAAAGGAAAGGGCUCUUUUGAGUGUGGAGUGUGUGCCUGCAACCCUGGCUACAUGGGUCCUUAUUGUGAAUGUAAUGAAAACUCCCUGAGCACAAAUUCCUGUAAAAGCUCUCCAGAGCAGAGCUCCUGCAGCGGGAGAGGUGACUGUUACUGUGGACAGUGUAUUUGCCAUUUCUCAGUGUACGGAAAUAUUUAUGGACCAUACUGUGAAUGUGACAAUUUCUCUUGUGUGAGAUUUAAAGGAUUGCAAUGUGGAGGUAAUGGUGAUUGUGACUGUGGUGAAUGUGUAUGCCACAGGGGAUGGACUGGUGAAUAUUGUAACUGCACAACUGACAUUAACUCCUGUGUUUCUGAGGAUGGAAUACUGUGUAGUGGAAGAGGUGAAUGCAUUUGUGGAACAUGUGUUUGCACAAAUCCCGGGGCCUCAGGCAGCACAUGUGAAAGAUGCCCUACAUGUGGUGAUCCUUGUAGUUCCAAACGGAGCUGCAUAGAAUGUCAUUUGGCUUCUGAUGUCCAGUCAGAGGCAGAAUGCAAUGAAAAAUGUAGAUUAGUUGAUGCAACUGUCAACAGUGCAGAAGAUUUCUCAAAGGAUAAAUCUAUUCCCUGCUCGUUACAAGGGGAAAAUGAAUGUGUUACUACAUUUCUAAUGGCUACAGAUGAACAGGGAAGGACAAUCAUUCAUAGCAUUAAGCAGAAAGAUUGCCCACAGCCUCCAAACAUUCCAAUGAUAAUGUUGGGUGUUUCUCUUGCUAUCCUUUUGAUUGGCAUUGUUCUACUUUGUAUAUGGAAAUUGCUAGUUUCUUUUCAAGACCGAAAAGAGGUUGCCAAGUUUGAAGCAGAAAGAUCAAAGGCCAAAUGGCAAACGGGAACAAAUCCCCUGUACAGAGGCUCAACUACUACAUUUAAAAAUGUAACUUACAAGCACCAAGAAAAGUAAAAAGUGGACAUUACUGCAGAUUUCUAUUAGCACUUCAGACACUGGAAAAUUAGUUUUAAUGACAAGAAAUAUAAAAGCACUAUUUUGUUUUAUUUCUUUAUAACUGAUUACAUGGAUGGUUGUUAGCACAUCUUAGUGAUAUAAUUCAGUUAGAACAAAUAUAUUUUGUGUGUAUUGAAGGUACUGUAGAUAACUGCUGUAUGACUAAAAAUUAAGAGGAACGUUACAAAGAAACACAUUUAACAUUCAGACCCACAAAUUAGUCUUAAAGAAAAAAGCACUGAAGAUUUCUGUGGAAUUUGCUCCACAAAUAAAAUAAAAAUUCACCAUAAGUAAGCAUAUUCCUUAUAUGUGCAUCCAAUGAAGUGAGCUGUAGCUCACGAAAGCUUAUGCUCAAAUAAAUUUGUUAGUCUCUAAGGUGCCACAAAUACUCCUUUUCUUUUUGCACAUUUUGGUGAGUCUAACUUGUAUUUGCUAUUUAUGGUGAAUUUUACUUCACGUUGUUCACACUACAAUGCCCCACACAUGGUACAUACCCAAACACAAUCUGUCUACGCUAUUGGCUUACAUAAAAUAAAAGAGAUUAAUGCCAGCAGGGCUAGGAGGUCCUGAUGCCAAACUAUGGACCUGGAUCAGGACCCCAUAGCGAUUUCAUCAGAAACAACUGAAUUCAUAGCCUAGCUUACAUGGAUCCAAAACUUACAAAAAUAUCUCCUCAACCUCUUUGCCUUUCCCUCUUUCUUUGCCUGACUCCUUCCCUGCCCCUGAAUCUUCUCCCUUUGAUGUUUUACCUUUUUCCUUAAGGACCCAUCCUAAGGCACUGCCAAAAAUGAAUCCUGUUUAAACACAGCCAGAUCACUUCCUCCGAGUUCUACUGGAGAGGUUCUAGUAUAAAAUAGAAAUGCGUGUCAUCGUUCAGAAAACUCAAUAGAGCAGCUUUAAACCUGAAGAUGACCCUGAGGGUUUUGAAAAAUUUACCUCCUACGCAGAGAUCCCACACAAGGCCUAUACACCACUUAAUCCUAAUUAGGCUUGCAAGAUAUGCCUAGGAGCUGCACAGGCUAUUGUGCAAGCCCUUUACAUAGAAGAGAAUUUCAUACAUAAGGCACGGAUGUAAUUAUCAUGCCUAUAGUUUUGUGGAUAUCACACAAACAAAUGAUGAGAUUUUCCAUAGCAGCAGCAUAUUUUAACCUGCCAGUCCAUUUAUUCUAGUACAAGAGAAUAAAUUUGGCCCUUUUUUGCAGUUUUUUAAAAUAAUCAGGUUUCAGAGUAGCAGCCGUGUUCGUCUGUAUUCGCAAAAAGAAAAGGAGUACUUGUGGUACCUUAGAGACUAACAAAUUUAUUUGAGCAUAAGCUUUCAUGAGCUACAGAUGCAUCUGAUGAAGUGAGCUGUAGCUCACGAAAGCUUAUGCUCAAAUAAAUUUGUUAGUCUCUAAGGUGCCACAAGUAUUCCUUUUCUUUUUUCAAAAUAAGCAGUUAUUAAUUACUAAUUCCACUUGCUAUUCAUGGCAGUGACUUUAAUAAGGACCUUAAAAACUCAAUUUUUAACUAGAGUUGCUAACUACUUGCCAUAGACCCUUUGUCAAAAAUGCUGAUGGCAUGCGUAGUACUGAAAAAAACAGCUGAUGUGAUAACACGCAAAUAACACUAUCAAGAUUUUUUUUAGAGAGAAAAAAGUACUGUAUUGACCUAGAUAUUAGUUUCUUCUGAAAUGUUUUAACCUUCUGGAAUCCAUGGUAAAGAGAUUCAGAAUGCAAACUAUUUUUACAACAGAUACAUAUGCCAUCUGAAAAAAUAUUUUUUAAAAAACAUGUUAACCUAUUGACAGACUAACAAAAACUAUAUUUUUCUCUGCAUUAAACCAACAUUUUGAUCUAAAAAUCCUUGAAGGUGGCCAUUUUAAAAUAAAUAUUUAUUCCAACAGCCUGUUUAACUUUAAGCUUUUAUGUCCAUACAUUGCAAAUACAGGAUGUGGUGUGAAUUGAUUUAUUAUGUAGAUCUGACUCAAACCUGUUUUUCUGGGCCUGAUCCAAAAUCUACUGAAGUCAAUCGGUAAGGAUGGAUGAGCCCUUAAUGUCUGGAAAUACAUAAAAACAGAUGUCCAUUGUUCUGCGGUCAUCACCUCUCUCUAUUUGAAUUGCAGAAUAUCUUUUAAGCAGCUUGAAAUCAGUUCAAGUUGUUCUACCUCAGUAACCAGACUUCAAACUAAAUUCCAACACAUCAGAAUGAUGUAUACAUUGCUCUGAAACUUACAGCACAUGUAUUUUAUUUUAUUUGUUAAAAUCUCAGCUCUUUCCCCAAAAUAGUUAAAAUGGAACCUUGGGUAUUAGUUAAUGGAAGUUUUGUUUGUUUGUUCAGAUAGAAGCUGAUUAACACUAUUCAUUAGUGGAUUGGGACCUAUGAUAUAUAUAUAUUUGUGUUCAAAAAAACAUUUAAAACAUCUUUAGAAAUAAAGUGAGACAAUAUAACAGCAUGUGAAAUAAUUGCAGUGUGAAAAGCUUACUGUAAAUCUAAUCACUAGAACUGGAAUAAGUUAAUUAGGCAUCUGUACUUUUCACUAUUCUUUUACAACUCAUAGUGGAAUCUAUGCAUAGGCAGAGGGGCCAGAUCUGCAGUCCUUCCAUUCACUUAACUCAUAUUGAAGUCAGUGAAAGUUACAAAUAGCAUGAAAUCCUGCUUCCUUAACCACAUGAAUAGUUCCACUGAGCAAAAUAAUGGUUCCAUUGAAGUCAAUGAGAGUUUUGACAUUGACUUCAAAGGGGCCAGGAUUUUACCCACUGACUUCAGUAGGAUUAUUGCACAAGUAAGGAUAGUGGAAUUUGGACCAUGGAAAGAAUGUAAAGAUAAAAAGAUAUUACUUCUGUGUUUGGUUUUAAUGUAAAAGUAUCAAAUGGGAAUCAUUUUAAAAAGAUUAAAAAGCAUUUUCCAUUUGGUAUCUCAGUCUAAAGUAACCAAAUGCCUAUUGUUUUAUUAAACACCUUUUAAGUUGUAUUUCCAAAUGGCUGACUCAAUGGAUCAAUAAUAGCAAGCUGAGCCUUUCAUCGUUAGGUCACCAGUUUAUAUAUAGAACAGCUCUGUAGUGUUUGAAUGUUGUUACUCUCUGAACACUGUUCAGUAUUUCCUAAUGCACACACUGAACUACAGAAUUCAUUCAUCCCCUGGCAGGGAGCCCUGUCAAGCCUGAAGCACAUGGGCAACUCAGUGUGGUGAAGUGGGCUGCUUGUGCUGUACCAGUUCUGGGCCUAGACGUCUUCAUGGCUCUCAGUUGGGCACUUUUUGCCAGAAUGAAAAUCAAUCAACUACUUUUUAUAGUAAGAAUUCAUCAGAACAGAGAAAAUAGCCAGUCUUAUGGGUUAUUUACUGUUAUAAUUAAUCAUGUUUAUUAUAGUAGUGCCUAGAGAUCAAUCAAGAAUGGGCCGUAUUGUGUAAGUCACUAUACAAGAGUCCCUGCCCUGAAGAGCUUACAUUCUAUAGGAGACCUCUCAAAUACAGAUCACGCUGAAAGCUAUUUUUAAUUACAAUAUGUGCUGCAAGCUUCUCAGAGGUCAUACAGCGUAUUAUAAGAUGUUGAUCAGAGACGGUGGCAUUUUCUCCAACUCCAGGAGUGGGGUUUUUCCUUUUAGUUGGAUGAUAGAUACUUUUAGCAAACUUUUACAAUCCUUUUUUCUUUUUUCAAACUGAGUGUCUGUGUGGUGCGGGAGUGGGGAGCGGAGAGGAUGGAAAAGUCUUUUCUUUUUUUUUUUUUUUUUCUUUUUUUUUUUCUUUUUUUUGCUGUUGUCAUGGAUGAUGUUUUGACCUAAGGCUGGACCUGGGCAAAACAUUGUUAAUAGAUGUACUUCUGUUCAUUGAAGAAUUAAACUAAGUAAAUAAAAGAAUGUUCAUAACAUUUUUUUUUGUAUUUGUGUAUCUGACAUACAUUAAAAAUGUAAUUUAAGUAAGUUGUCUUGCAUGGAUAAUUGUCAUUUUGAUUUAGAAAAAUGUAUACAUGUACUGUGUGUCCAGAUUCCUUUUCCUAUGUAUGGCUUUUUCAAUUUCAGAAAACAACAUAAUACAGAAAAUAGGUAAUGAAUCCAGGAGUCAAAUGUCAGGGCAGUACUCUUUGUGUAUUGUGUAUAGUAAUACAGAGGGCCAAAUCCUGCCUCUUCCUCUCUGAGUAUGGAGUGCCCUUAACCACCUAAGUCAGACCAGUUCUCUCAGAGGAGAAAAGGAGGGCAGGAUUUGGGAUACAGAGGGUCCACACUUCCUACAAGCUAUGAAGCUGUAUUCCGCUAUAUCUCACUGACUCCCAGCAGGAUAAAUCAGGAGAGGGCCAAAGGAUCCACAAGUACAUAGAUCCAGUCAACCAUUUUCCUCUAUAGAAGGGAGAAUGGUAAGGGAGCCCAAGGUAAGGCAGUCUGGCUGCUGUAGUCUUGAGGUUGUAGUAGCAGUUCUGGUGGACUCUGUGGCUUCAAGUGAGAGGAUUCCUGCCCUCCAACACCCUGAGGAAAUACCCAGUGUACAGCCAGGCUACUCGGAUUGUAAGCUACUUCCAGGAAUUGGGCUAUGAGUUUUACCUGCUAAAAAUCUGUGAUAUUCAUCAUAUGUUCCUAGAGGCAAAUCUCACACUGACACCAAUGAGAACUGAGGUAGGACUAGGGACCAAGCAUCAAGGAGCUGAAAUAUCUGCAAUUAUCUGCAGACUGGGAAAAGAUUUGCAGAAACAGCACUAUCCGCCUCUCCCUGAAGGCCCUCACAGACUUACAGCUCCGUGGUUUCAGAGGGAUUGGUGGGACAGGGUGGGUGGAUGAAGCUGGGAGGAGUAGCUAUUCUACAAAGCAUCCUCCUCCUCAAAACCCAUAGAGAUUUAAUCUCAUAAAAUAAUGCCAAUCCUUAUCUUACAUAGAAACCCUCUGUGAUGAGAAACCUGCUGUUGGAGUGUUUGGAGUCAGCCAUACAACGUAAUCCAAAAAGUGCAGUGUGAGGUGAAUUUUUUUUCCUUAAUGCUGCACAGCUCUGCAUAUUUGCCCUGAGUUCUGAGUACAAAGCCACACUUCCCGUAUGCCUAUCAAGCCGAACUCCCCAGCUUGUUUUACAGUAGGCGGAAGGCGAACAUUGUCCGAGUGGAAUGAUCACACAGAAGCUACGUGAAUAAAACCUGAAAGAACCCAUUUGUUCCUCCAUUCCUCUACAGGGUAGUGUAACUCCCUCUGAAUUUUCCUUCCGUAAGGAGAGAAUUAUUUAAUCUUGAGUAAGGACUGCAAAUUUUUUUGUUUAUUUGUUGGUUCAAGUGUAUUUACAGCAAAUUAUUUUUUCUCUAAAUCUUUUUGUGGGUCAGCCUGUCCUUAUCUGAUGCUUCAUGUCAUUUGAUUAUUCCUAGCAACUCCCUCAUGCUUCCAUAAUUUGUUCUGCUGAAAUUCAUUGUUUUUAUUUAACAUCUUUGUUUGCUCUGUUGUGCCCCAUAGUUUAUGAUGUUGCUUUCUUUAUGAGGUGUAAUAUGACUAGACGGUCUCCAGUCUUCUGUUUGUAAUCUAUUUAUUUUUCAAGAGGCUCUUAAGUAAAUGAAUAAGCUUUAUAUUCAAUCUGUUUUUCCAAAAUAUGAUGUGAUUAUGUAUGAGAGGGUUAUAUAGAGUGAUUCCUAAAGUGCACAACAUGCUUACAGCUAAGGGUCUUCCAUUAAUCAUUAUAAUAACUAUUUUACUUCUCUUUGAAGCUACAGGGCAAAAUUCAUAUUUUCUAUUUUAUCUGUCGGGUACUUCUCCUUUUUCUGUUCUAAUGAAAAUUCAUAUAUAUAUUGUUGUCCUAUUUGUUAAUAUCCUGCUGUGAGGAAGAGAGCAUUGCUCUAUAUCAUUGAUAGAACUAUAUUGCCAGUUUAUCAUAUUUCCCAGGUGCAAAAUGAGAAAAUGUGCUCUUAUAUUUCACAGUGGGAUAUGACAGUUGAAAUUGAUUUGAUUCUUUAGCAUGUAUCUCAUGGUGCAUAAUUUAUAGCAGAUUCUACCUACACCAACUCUCUAUAAAUCUUUAUUUUCUUGAUUCUCAGAAUGGUCCAUACUUUGAAACUUUUCUUCUCUCUUUUCAUUGUGGUUCAUAUUGGCGAAGAUUGAGAGAUAUCAAGAAAAGGACAAAUGACACAUGUCUAGCAUGAUAAAAAAGCAUGAACUUGCCAAAGAUUCUAGGAAGUUGAUAACUUUUUAUUUUAAAGUUUGCCCCAAUCUGAACUUUUAUCAAUAAGAAUUCAAGAGGGCAGAUAUGAAC